GCAAGUGUCUUUGUUUUUGCCUUCUAUUCUCAGCCCCGUGCAGGAUGUGUGAGGAAGAAGGUAAUGUCAACCAUACAAAGCUGAUAGAGUCUUCCUCUAUCUUAGAGGAAAGAUAGAUGCUGGUCUAAAUGUACACUUGUGAUGAAUUCUAUUGUUUCUUUUUAAAACUUUGUCACGUUCCUGACGAUUCAGCUUUGUAGUAAAUGCUUUCAUCCCUAAAUUUUGUCAGUGAUGUGAAAAGCAUGGGACAACUUGCCCUGUGUUGAAGUGUGGCUUGGAAGCGGUGUGCCAUGCAGAUACCCAGGGCUCUGCAGCAUUGUGGCUGAGUGUCAGCAGGUGCCACUGCCUGUUUGGAAGCUGACCAGGCAGCUGCUGGCCUCGUCCCCAGUUUCAGCAUUGAACUGAGCUGUGCUUCAUUGGAGUUAUCAGCAUGCAGGUGUGAGAAAGGCAGAUUCAGUGUUAGUAUACUGUUCUCAUUACCUAGGCUUGCUCCCCAACUUCCAGCCUUUUCAAGCCUCUGAUACACAAAGGCAGACUCUAGGUAAUAGCGAGACUUUUGGUCUUAAUACUUACAAAUAUUUUGAGUGAGAUGAAUAUCCUGGUUUGCACGUAGACUCAUUUGGGGUGGAUGCUCCUUUGGUAGCUCUCACUUUCUAGUUUUAUCUUAACCGUGUGACUCGUUCUUGAAAGCUCUUCCCUUUUGCUCAGAAGCUGGGACUGGAUUAAUGAGCCUCUGCGUGUGGCUUCCUGGGUGUGAGAUCCAGUGCCCUCAGAGUCCUUUUGGAGCUUGAUUUUUUGAAGCAGGGAUAUUCCUGGGCAGCCUGAAGAAGGUGCUCAACAGGCCUGAGGUUAAGAACAUUGGCAUUUGCAGCAAGUUUGUAGCUUUGUUGUAUGCAGCUCUAGGCAAUGAGAAUGAACUGCUGCUGGUGUGGAAUGCCUCUUGUAGGCUGUGAAAGAAGGCAGUGGGCCUCUGUAGCAUUAAAUAACCACCAUCUUGCUUAUGAGGUCUGCUAAACUUUAGUGAGCCAGGCAGUAGCUAGAGCCAUCUCUAAAGGAGGAGCAAGCUGGAUGGGAUUCAUGAACAGAAGCACCAGUUUAUUGCAGUGUAGCUAAAUAAGAAGCACAGAAAGAACAUGAGUGCUUUACAAGUGGUGGCUCUGGGUUAUUGUCAGCGCUUGCAAGGAGGCACUUAGCACAAAUUUAGUUCUUGUUGGACGAUUGCACUGACCACUCAUUGCCUGCCAGCCACAGGGCUAUCAUGUAAGUGCCACGCACACAUCUGUGUACAGCAGGCAGGGGUGAGUAGGUGAGUGAGGACACUGUACGGCUGCACUGGUCCUUGCUUCCCUUGGUGUGGCUCUGAGGAAAGGGGCUCACGCUUGAAUGCACGCUGAUUCCUAAGAAAGCAACAGUCUGGUUGGCAUAUAGCAGUAGUAUUGACUUCCAGCUGGCUCUCUGCAUGUCCGAUCUGCUGUGCGGGCUGGGUGCAGAGCAGCAGGUAAAUAGCAGCUGCUAUCUAUUGAACCUUCCAUUGGCUGUCCCAGCCCAAAACCAGGCCAGCUCUGCCUUGGCGUGUCUCCCGUGGCUCACUAGCUGCAAUUGCUGCGCUCUGGCACGUGGGGGCUUUGGCACAUUGCUGCACACAGUGAGGCACAAGGAGGACGGUGAUCUGUCUCUGCAUGCUGUCAUCGGGCUUUCCCCACUCCUGAGCCAGACUGGGGAAGUGAAGUCAGCAGACAACAAAGGGCUGGAGCAACGGGGUGUUUCAUAGAGUCUUCCUUUCUUCCCUCUGAUGGAGAUGUCAUGUUUUGUUCUGCCUCUGAUUCAUUGCUUGUUGCCCAGCAUAGCUCAGUCCUUUCUGGAAAUCUCCAGCCUGGAAAAUCAGAGGAAAUCCUUACUUAGAUCCCACCUCUGUUCACCCUGGGGAAGGGGUUCUCCAGGUCAGCGUCACACAGAUGCAGCAGGUGGCAGGCAGCAACAAGGGCUACUUGGGAAAAACACAACAAGCCUUCCCAGCAGCGAGGGCUCCUCAGGAAAAGCACAUGGCAAGGUUUUCCCCAGCCCUGCUGCUUUUUCCUCACAUCCCAUCUAAACCUCCCCUGGGAGAUGGUGGGGUGGCUGAUCACGUCCUGGACUGGGGGUAGGUGCAAGCCACGUCUGCCUGCAUUCUGCUUUUUCCUCCUGCUGGGUCCCUGCCUGCACUUUGCAAGCCAACCCUGUGUGCUGCGCCUGCAUCCCUUAGUGUCCUCUGCUCUUCUCACCUCACCUCUGAGAUAGCAGCUGUUUGAGGACCUUUGUUACCACCUGCAGUGGUGACUGACGAGUCUCACUGUAUGCAGCUUGUUUGGAAGCUUGAUGCAUUACCAUCAUCACUGCUAACUUGGAGCACAGUUGUAACUCUCAUCCCAGCCCUCUGGCACCCUCAGGAGCUGCAUCUCACAUCCUGCUCCUCCCUGUCCCAGGGGCAAGGAGCAACUGGGUGGCAGCAAACGUGCUGUGAGGCUUUGACCACAGGACCUCCAGCAGAGUGCUCUGGUGUGGGAGCUGGCUGAGAGGCAGAAGCAUGGGAUCCUCUUGAUGAUGUUAUGGGGAGUUGCCUGAGUUUCUCCCCCUGCCCAGGGACAGCACAUCUCACCCAGGGCAGCUGAUUCAGCAGCUGUGCUAUCAGCAUGCAGCAUUUCCUAGGGAUUUCAGAACUGUCUCAAUUUUCUCAAUCAAAACCUGAAUUUGCAUCCCUUGCUGGGUGUUCCUGAGCAGAUGAGCCUUCACACAGCCUCACUGUGGGAUGCACUGCCACAGCCCUGCUUUGCUGCAGAGAAGGGUCAUCUCAGCUGCACCUGGGGAUGCUGGCACCAGGUUGGGCCCCCCUUGAGCAAUUGCUGCUGAAGGAUCCUUGCGUUUUGUGCCUUUGUUUCUCUCAGAAGAUAAGAGCCUGGAGCUAGGGAGCAGCUCCACAGCCUUCUUCCCAGGUUGGGUUGGGGAAGGGGCUGGUGCAGAAUGAGCUUUCCCCUCAGCCCUGCUCCAGCCUGUCCUGCCCCAGCUUGCAGCGCCCGCACCCCACUCGGACAAGUUCUUUCCGCUUUGGUUGUUGCUGCUCACAGAGGAUUUGGCUGCAGUCCCUGCAUUCCUUCCAGGCUAGCACUGCCCUGGGCCCAGGCCAAGCCCUGCUGCUAUCACUCAGAGCAGCCGGGAGCAGUGCUGUGCAUCUCUACCAGCUCAGCCAGCCCCACUGGAGUUUGUAUGCAGAAAUGUUGGCUUUGAGUCCUGCUCAGGGGGCAGCCCUUCUGUGUACUGUCCUGGAGGGACCUGUUUCCUGGCUAUACCCUCACUGCAGCGCCCAUAAGUUCUCUGGAGGCAGGAUCCCAACUCCUGGGGCAAAUGCAGAUAAGCUGUCCAUAGCUGUGAGCAGCCCUGCCCCUCCAAGCUCAAGCUGAACUGGUUGUGGGGCCUGAGUGCCUGGCCCUGGCUAGGAGCUCUCACAAAGGGCAGGUGGGGGUUAGGGAGAGGGCUGCAGGUGCCUCUCAAAUGGGAGGCCACUCCUUGCCACACUCCAGCCUAUAUAUCCUGCUACUCAGCCCUCAGUAUCAGAAUGACUUGGGUUGGAAGGGACCUUCAAGCCCACCCAGCCCCAACCACCGCCAUGGGCUGCUUGUCCCACCCACCCUGGCCUCAGGCAGCUCCAGGAAUGGAGCACCAACAGCCUCACCACCCUCUGAGUAAUGAAUUUCUUCCUAGUAUUUAAUCUAAAUCUCCCCUCUUUUAGUUAAAAAAAAAACAAAACAAAACCAAAACUAAAACAUUCCAUCUUGUCCAGUCACUUUCAAAAGUGUAAUAAGUUGAUUCCCUUCCUGCUUACAAGCUCCUCUCAGGUAUUAGAAGGCUGUAGUGAGAUCUCCCUGUAGUCUUCUCUUCCCCAAGCUGAACCUUCCCAGCUCCCUCCUCCUCCCUGCAUAGAGGAAGAUGCUCCAGCCUUUUGGUCAUUUUCACAGCCCUCCUCUGGCUCCCUCUGGAUGGCAUUCCUCCCUUCUUCUGUGUCAGCUGCACCACCCAGCUUGGUACCAUCAACAAAAUGGCUAAGGAGACACUCAGUCCCCCAGUCCAGGUCUUUGAAGAGCACCAGACCCAAGACAGAUCAGGGGAGGAUAUUUUCUCUUUUUUUAGACAUUUAAAAAAUGUAAUUCUUUUAGAUACCAAUUAUUUUUCAAUGAUACUGUGCAAAAGACACAGGCAGGAGAAAGAUGAUGGUUGCAACAUAUGUUCUUUCUCCAGUAUCAUCUGCAAGACAUCAUCCACCUGAUUCAACUCCAAGAGGAUAUGCUGGAGUUCCAGGUUGGGGAUGAUGAGUGAGAUAAGCUGGCUCACAUUCGUGCACAGGUUUUUGAUUUUCUCUGUAAUGCUAUUUGUAUCUCCUUUUGGGCCCCUGCCAGAAUCCUAUGCCUCCCAGAGCAACUCUGAGUCUCUAUAUCCUGGAGUCCAUCUGUAACGCUAUAAAGGGAUGGAAAGUUCCACAAUAAGAGCAGAGCAGGAAAGUCUUCAGCAACAGCAAAUGAGAACAUGCCCAAACACAACAGACACAGAACCAAAGGAAAAGAGCUGCUUACCUCUGGAAAGCACCAGGUAGGCAGGAAUCCCAAGUAAGAGGCACUCUCACCUCCACUGCCAACCCUUAAAUGAGGUCUGGGAAGGGGUGCAUCCUGGCUCCUCCCCUUCCAUCACUCAGGUACAUUGCAUGCACCUGAGCUCCCUGGGUUGGCCCUGCCUUCCCACCAGGUGCUCAAUCAGUGCUUCAGGCCAUGACUCCGCAUUUCCACUACACCAUCAGUUUAGCUUUCUCCUCUGUGGACUUUCACAGCUUUACUUUCAGCUCCUGCAGCUUAACUUGGCAGUAACCUGUGUGGUUUUUGUGCCAGCACCUCCUGUUCUUGAUGGCUUUUCAAAAACUCUGUUUUCAGGCAACAGCUCUAAUGCCCAGUUUCUUCCACCUUGCACCCAAAAAAUCUCAGUCUGCAGAAAUAUUCUUCAUCCCCACUGCUCUUCUCCUGCUCCUUUAUAUCAACCUGCUCCUGUGUGUUGAGGACCUGCAGUACUCUGCCUCAAGAGAACAUCCCUCCUGGCAUGAUGCACUGUUAGCAGGGCUGCUGUCUGAAUAGGACAAGAGGAAAUGGUUUCAAACUAAAGGAGGGGAGGUUUUGACUAGAUGUAAGGAAGAAGCUGUUCACACUAAGGGUGGUGAGGCACUGGCACAGGUUGCCCAGAGAGGCGGUGGGUGCCCCAACCAUGGAGACACCCAAGGUCAGGCUGGACGGGGCUCUGAGCCCCUGAUGGAGCUGUAAGAGUCCCUGUUCAGUGCAGGGGGUUGAACCAGAUGGCACUUAAGAAUCCUUUCUAACUCAAAUAGUUCUAUGAUUCUGUGAUCUCUGCUUCUCUCCACCCUGCUCACCCUUCCUUCACGCAGCUGGGUUUGGCCCCACUCCAAGCCCCUGUGAGAAAUGGGUGCUUCUCAGAGCAGGGAGGGCAGUUUGCAGGAGUCAAGAAUACCUGGGGUUGUCCCAGACCUGCACUGUAGAGAGCAGGGAGUGUGAGGGUGUCCACUCCCUCCACCAAAUGCACCUCAGAGCAGGAGGUUCCUAUAGGUUCUGCUUGUCAGGAGCACAUCCCUGCAUCCCUCUGCAGCCCAGGGGGACCCCAGGGCAGGGGGGGCACAGUGGUGGGGCUGCCAGUGCUGUGUGGGUGAGCGCGGUGCACUCAGCUGGUAGGGAGAUGAGUAAUGCUCUCCUCCGGCCAAGCCCACAAGCUGCUAAGUUUAGCAGUGAUUUGUGUUUUUCCAAGCUGCCUCGAGUCCCUUGGUGAUUCAGAGCCGCCCAGCUUUGCUACCCCAGCUGUGUGAAUGUGUUGGGAUGGGGCCAGCACGGAUGCAGCCGGGACUGUCCCAGUUCUGGACCGUGAGGCAAAACAUGGUGACACCACAUCACUGGGACUUGGGGGUGCCAGGGUGCGAGCGCCCUUUCCCUUCCUGUCUCUGCUCCUCUCUCCUCUCUGCCUGUAGUCAGGGAGUGCACGGUGAUGCCAGCCCCUGCCCAUGCUGUCCCUACAGGAAUGCCCUAGGGCUGGUCCCUGUGCACCAAGCCCUGCAGCACCCUUCCUGCCAAAACGGUUUGGGGGGCGCAGUCACAUUCUGCCCCAGCCCCAUGUGCUGCAUCUGCCCCUGCUGGGACCACGCUGCUUGGAAGAUGCUGAGUGUGACAUUCCUCUGUCGGCCUGGGUCUGGAGUGGUGCUUUUCCAGCCACACUGGGUUUGGAUUUCUAUGUGCCUCACUGAAAGCCGUGUGCCUGGAGGGUGACUCAGAGUGGGCAGCAGCCCAGCAGUGCUGGCAGUGGGCAGCCAGAGCUGGCAGACAAGGGGUGAUAAGGACCGGCCAGUCCCACUCAGUACCAGGGUGCAGGGCAGUUCCCAGCCGCUGCCUGACCUCCCACUGCAUCACUCAUGGAAGCAGGGAGUCUAUUUUGGGAAUGGCAUCACUGGGAAAAACUGCUGCAUCAACAGCAUGUGAAGUAAAGCAGUUGCGGACAGUGUUUUCAAAAUGCCUGUUUUCCAUCCCAGCUUUUCUCCUGGGCAUGGGCAGCCAAGCAGCAGAGGAUGCUGUGAGGGUAGAGUCUGGCUGGGUGCUUCCCUGGCAUGGAGGGGACCCGCACCCCCCAGCACAUCCCACAGCAGCCAGGCCCCGCGCUCAUCCCCCUGGGAACACCCUCUAGAUGUGAUGUGCCAGUAGCUGCUGGAAAGGUCUCGCUCCCACGCUCUUCUCAUGGUCCAAGUCAAGCUGCAAACUGCCCUCUCCAUCUCUGCAGCCUGCAGGGUCCCCUUCCCCUGCGUGCCACCAGCCCUGCCAACGUGGCACGCUGCACAGAGUGGCAGAGAACAAGUGAUGCUGCACCCAGCACCCGUGCUGUGCUAAGGAGUGUGUUCAGAGGCAACACUGUGCUGUUCCCAUCUCAGGCAGCUCAUUAGGGUGUCUGGGACCUGAGCUGCUGCGGAAAUGUGGGUGGGCUGAGACGGGAUUAGAGGCAGCUGGGAAGUCCCACUGCCCCGUGGUUAGCACAGGGCUGCUGCUGGCUCAGAACAAGGCUCCAUAUGUGUUGGUUUUCCCAUGGUCGUAUCUUCUAAACCUCUGCUUGUGGCUGCUGCUGGACCAGGCAGCCUGGGAGAGGUGGGCAUGGGGCAACCAGGCUGGUGGUGGGGCCAAAGGAAGAGUAGGGCUGGUGCCCCAAGGAGUCACGAUCCCUGGCUGUGUGCUGGGGGCUGCAGGGCUGAGCUGCACGCAGCGUGCUGGCUGACGUGCACAGCGUGUUCUCAGGGCCGACUGCUUGUCUUCAGUUGAGAGGGUUCACAAGCAAGAAACCAGCCACUCCAUCUCCCAGUCAAUCACUCUGUUUGCUGAGGAAGUGCGAGCUGGAAGCCGCUCUGCUGCAGUGAUUUCCGUAACCCCGCCGCUGCCCCUGUGCUGAUUCAUUGAUUUGGACGGGUUAUAUACUGGGAGGGGAAGCGUGAACCGCACUCGGCGCUCCUGCCAGCACGGAGCUGUGCUCGCUCAGCGCUCACGGCUGCAGGACAUGGGCCCCAUGGAGCAGGGAGGUUGGUGGCUGCUGCUGCUGCUGCUGGGCUUCCACCCGGUCCGCGGGCAGUGCCCGGAGCAGUGCCAGUGUGUCCGCACUGCCCAGGUGGAGUGCUCGGGCGCCGGCAUCACCGCUGUCCCCAGCCCCAUCCCCGCCAAUGCGGUGACCCUGCAGAUCGUCAACACGCGCAUCACCGAGCUGGGCGAGGCAUCCUUCGGCAACGCCUCCCUGCUCAUCGGGCUGCGCAUCGAGAAGAACGACCUGCAGCACGUCAGCCCCGACGCCUUCCAGCACCUGCCCGACCUGCGCUACCUCAGCCUGGCCAGCAACAAGCUGCAGGAGCUCCCGGUGCAGGUCUUUCAGCCCCUGGGCAAGCUGGAGUCGCUGCUCCUCUCCAGCAACCAGCUGCUCCGCGUGGAGCCCGACCACUUCGCUCACCUGAGCAACCUGAAGGAGCUGCAGCUGCACGGGAACAAUCUCCGGGAGCUGACGGAGGGGCUGUUCGACCAGCUCGCCAGCCUCACCAAGCUCAACCUGGCCCGCAACAACCUCGACCGCCUGCCACCCCGCGCCUUUGAGCGGCUGCCCCAGCUGCAGGUGCUGCGGCUCUACGAGAACCGGCUGCGGCACAUCCCGGCGGGCGCCUUUGAUGCGCUGCCCGAGCUGCAGGAGCUGGGCCUGCACCAGAACCAGCUGGAGACGCUGUCCCCGGAGCUCUUCGUGCACAACGGGAACCUGCAGAAGCUCUACCUCUCCAACAACCUCCUCACUGCCCUGCCCGCCGGCAUCUUCCUGCCGCUGCGUGCCCUCUCCAAGAUCACCCUGCACGUCAACCGCCUGCACGACAUCUCCCCGGCCGCCUUCGGCCCCAUGCCCAACCUGCGGGAGCUGUGGCUCUAUGAGAACGAGCUGGCCGCUCUCCCCGCCGCCGUCUUCAGCAAUCUCACCCAGCUGCAACUCCUGGUGCUCAGCAAGAACCAGCUCCGAUCGCUGGCUCCGGGGGCUUUCCGUGGGCUGGGUGAGCUGCUGGAGCUCUCGCUGCACUCCAACGCCCUGCGCCGGCUGGAUGCUGGGGUGCUGGGGGGAAUGCCCAAGCUGCAGAACAUCUCCCUGCAGAACAACCGCCUGCAGACGCUGCCCCGCGGCCUCUUCGCUGCCACUCCGAGGCUGCAGCACAUCCAGCUGCACGCCAACACUUUGGAGAGCCUGCCUGCAGGCAUCUUCUCCCCGCUGUCCGCCGUGCGGGAGGUGAAGCUGCACAACAACUCGUGGCGUUGUGAUCAGGCCAUCCUGCCCCUGCGUGCCUGGCUGGAGGCGAACCCCAGCAAGGUGGGUGAGACCCCCCCCGUGUGCGCCCAGCCGGCCCCGCUGCGGGGAACACCCAUUGCCGAGCUGCAGCAGGACCAGCUACCCACUGCCCGGCCCAGCAGCCCGCUGCCUGCCCGCCCCUCCCAGGAAGCGUUGCCGUCGGGGUCCCCCACCACGCUGCCGGCCACCCCUGUGUCUCGGGAGGAGGAAGAGGAGGAGGAAGGCAGGGGGUGGUGGGGGCUGACGCGCACGCAGAGCGCGGUGGUUGGGGCCGUCAUCGUGCUGGUGUGCGUGGCCCUGCUCUGUGCCCUCGUGGCACUGGUGGUGUACGGCUGCAGAAAGAAGAGCCACGUGGUGCUGAUGAGGAUGAAAGCACCCAAUGAAGCCUGAUCCCCCAUGAGCCCCGGGGGCAGUAGUGACCAGAGCUGGAUGGACAGCAUCACACCAUGUGCCAAGUCUCCCAUGCUGCUCUGCUUCACCGUGCCCCUGCUCUGCAAGCAGGGUGUCAACUAUGGAUGCCCCCUUGGCUCCCCUGUCCCCAGCCCCUCCUGCCUCUGUACUCAAUCCCUUCCUGGGGCCAGGAUCCAGAGUACAGGGUGCCAAGUAGCAGAGCAGGGAGCAGCAGCCUGGCCACAGAGCACUGGGACUCCCCCUCCCUCACCUCACAUCAUUUCCUUGAGUUGCCCCCAGCCCCAUGCCCUCAGCCACAGCCUGUGCUGAGAUGUGAAGCCAUCACACGGGGCCAGGAUCUAAGCACACAGCCUCAUCCCAAGCAGGGCUGUGUGUGCCUUUGCAGCUUAGCCCUGCAGGGCUGGGCUGCCUCUGCUUGGCUCGGAGCCUGGUGUGCUCCGUGGUGGCACACCCCAGUGACUUGGCCGCGUCCACGCUGCCCUCCCUGCCUGCAGGCAGCGUGGCAAGAGUGGAGCAUCUUCCUCUGCCUCCAGCAGAGUCCUUGUCCUCACAUGCCUGUGUUUCCCAUGCCAACAGCACUAUGGGACUACGUGUGCCCUGGGCAUCCACCAACUGCAGCCCUGCCCAGAACAGCUGCACCCACUCCUCUCCCUAUUCCCAGCCCUGAGAGUGCCUGCUCUGUGCCUGCUCCUGUUGCCUGCUCCCAGCCUGAAUGCUGCUGCUGGCAUAGGGCAGGCGGGCAAAGCCCUGAGGUCCAGCUAUGGGCAGAUGGGACUGCACUGCCCCAGCAGCUACUGUGCCUUCUCCAGCCAGCAAGGCACAGGCACAGCUUCAUGUGUGGUACUGGGCCGUAUGGGGUAUGGCACUAUGGGACAAGAGUCUCAAUGCAUGGUGCUGCUUGUGGUGCUCCAGGAGCCAAUGCUGGCACAAGCAACAAUGCAGUUGUGUGUAUGUGAUGGGAUGGAUGCUCUUCUGGGCUGAGACCUGCACGACAGCUGCAAACAGGACUGUGCCUCGGGGCCAUUCGGUACUGCUCUGUGACCAUUAAAGCACGGUUGUCCAAAUCCAA